GAGGCUUGGAGAAAGAGCUUGGAGGUCCGAAUGCUUUGCCGGUGCGUCCUUUACUGCCGUACAUACCGAUUUACGAUAUAUGUCAAUAAGCUAACUCUUAAUUCUAGGCUCGCAAAGAGGGUGAGGACAAGUGGUAAUUUGCUUUGAUUUUAUAUUGUGUAAAUAAAUACAGGACGAUUUUCUCUUUCGGCGCCAAUCGAGGGUCUGAUUGUCGAUGCUUUGGGGGAGACUGCUCUUCAUAUCUGACUACUGCGAAAAUGUUGACAGUUUGUGACACUACAGACACACCCGAUUCCGUCUGAAAACCCUUAAUUGCUGCAUGCGAUGCAGUGCUGCGGUUCAUUAAAUAUCUUAAUGAAUGGCGGUGUACCAUGUAGUAUCUCCACCAACAAAUACGUGAAGCCAAGGACAAAAAAUUAUGGACAAAAGAGCAACAAGAGAUACCGGCAAAGGGUAUUUUAUGUUAUUUGUGCAAGCUGUUUUAGUAUAUAUCUUCAAGCUCGGUUUCGUUUUGAUGGCGAUCUUGAAAAUGAGGUGAGACCUAGAAACACCAGGUUUAGCAGGUCUCUUUAAAAGAAUUCGAUUUUAUGUCUAGUUAUUUUUGGAGAAGUAAAAAUAACAAUUCAAUAAUAAAACCAAUAGCCCACGG